AUCUCUGACUUCACCCUUAACUUUUUAUAGUUUUAUGUGCCACAUAAUUGGAAAAGGCGUGGGCGAACAGAAAUAAAUCAGUUCGCGGUCUUUAUCCCUAUGAAGAUCUGAAACCUAAGAGCGUCCUGCUAAAAAACAGAAAAAAGCAAUGGCGCAGAUUGACUGACUCCAGAUACGAUGAGGGCAAUUGAUUAUUGCCGAAAUGUGCGAUAUAUCAUAAGCUUUGCGGAAAGUGUAGCUAACCUUUAUCUUUUAUUAUUUUUCCAUGCAUUCAAUUCUACAGUCUGCAAUGCAGUGUUCGAUUGGCUAUUUGUAUACUUAAUUUCCACCAAUCUUCGUGCGCAGAGCUUCGCCGCGUGGCGUUUCUGGCUUCAUUCCCACAUCAAUCCUAAACAGCUCAUUUGACCAU